AUGUUUCAGGAACUGGUGCAAACGAGGAGUGGGGGUGUUGGUGAGGUAUCUAUCAACUGGACCAAACGUUACUUGUUGAAGAGCCUGCAAUACCUUGGGCCAAUUGCGAUGAGCAUUGGCUCAUUCAUACUGAUCAUCGCCUGUGUUGUCACUCUGGAGAGCAGGGACAAAAAUACCCAGAUUUUACGUAAUAUGAGGGAUGAAAGAUCGUGUGAGAAGAGGAAAUCGGUAGUGGAGGAGCAAAAAGCACCAGUGCGAGUACCGAUGACCGCGGAGCAGAUCCGAGAUUGGAGGCCGCGGUACAGGGCUGUGCCACUGAUCAGGCGGGAUUCAAGUCCUCUGCUGAACAGGCGGCGGAAGUGUCGGUCUACUCUUUGUCUACCUCAAGCUCUAUUUGACUCCAUGGAUGCGAGGAGAUUGUACGAAAGACUUCUUGAUAGUCGUAAUUUUGGCGAUUCAUUUAACUCGGGAAAUGAUGUGGUGCCGGAACCGCACGAGCACGGCCGGGCUUGCACAUCCACAAGCGAACAGCGUCAGCCCGGCUUUUCCGCUAGUGCACAAUCCGCCGUCAAUGUUGUUGCUGAAUUCGGUGCCAUCACCGCCACCCAGGUGCAACUCGAACAGGUCACCUCAGGAAAAGAAUCAGUCUUCCUUUCAACCAUCAAGCCCCAGUGCUGCCAGUUUCAGGACGUUCAAUGA